AUCGUGUUGCAGCACGGAGGAGUUUCAGGGUGCGGACUCGCUCUGUGCGCUAGCUGCUAGGCUAAUGCUAAUUUUCUCCGCUCGCUCCGUUUUCUCUGGUUUUCUCAGUGUUAUUUUAGUGGAGCGGUAUGGAGAGCGAUAUACUGGACUGUCUGGAUCAGGUCGGAUACACUGGAGACCUGGAUAAUGAAAAGGCCCUUUUAACAGCAUGUGAGGGCGGGUUUUCCUCUCAGGAGUAUGUGGGACUGUGUUCGUGGUUGGCAGAAAAACUGAAGCAGUAUUGUGGUCUCAAGGGUCAAGAAUCAGAAACAUCAGAUGAUUCCCAGACUGUGAGGAUUCACUUUGGAAAGUUACUUGAAGAGCUGGAAUGUCCAUAUAAGGGAAUUGUUUCAGGGUUAACAGAAGGGGAACUGAAGAGCAAAAAAGAUCAUCUAAAAAUUGUGUUGUUUCUGGUAUCUGAACUUCAGGCUGCACAGGUUGUGGCCGGCAAGUCUGGAGCAGACAGAAAGACUGAAAAACAGAUUACACCUUUAAAAGAUCUACAAGCGAUUUGUAAAACACUAAAACUCUCAGAACCAGACCAGCAACCGACAGCAGACACAUUCUCAUCAAUAGAAAACCAGGUUAAUGUCUUGCUCAAGAAAGUCCCAGAGAAGCAUAUUGGCAAAUCAGCGCUGAAGCACUCCCCUAACAGUGACCAAUGGAGGCAGCUGGAGAAGAUAAAUCGAGUUCUUUCUACAGACUAUGACUGUCGUCGGCGCAUGCUGAUCAAACGGCUGGAUGUCACUGUGCAGUCUUUUGGCUGGUCUGACAGAGCUAAGGCAAAAACAGACAUAAUGGCCAAGGCCUAUCAGCCAAAGAGACACUCCCUGACACUAAAGUCAUCUGUGAGCCUUGCUCAUCUCCUGGCAGCACGAGAAGAUAUCUGCAAUGUGGUGAAGACAAGCAGUGGCACUAGCAGAGAGAAGACUGUCUGUGCUGUAAACAAAGUGCUUAUGGGAAGAGUUCCUGAUCGAGGUGGGAGGCCCUCAGAGAUUCAAGCUCCUCCCCCUGAGAUGCCACCUUGGCAGAAACGACAAGAUGGAGGAGGACGAGGAGGAGGUGGAUAUAGAGGAGGAGGAUAUGGUGGAGGUGGACGUGGGGGUGGAGGAUAUGGUGGAGGUGGACGUGGGGGUGGAGGAUAUGGCGGAGGAGGAGGAGGAUACGGCGGCGGGGGAGGAGGUGGUUAUGGAGGUGGAGGAUAUGGAGGAGGUGGACAUGGGAGUGGAGGCUACGGAGGCGGUGGUGGAUCAAGAGGUGGGUGGGGUCGAGGAGGUGGAGGACGAGGCGGUUAUUAUCGAUGACCGUUUUUUUUUUUUUUUGGUACUUUUUUUUUAAGAAGCAUUGGAAUGGAAGCGCAUGUAUUGGGAUGCAUUCAGUCUGUCCAGCAGGAUUUUUUCGUUAUUUUAUUCUCAUCUGUACCAUGCUCAGAGACUGAACAUAGCAUUGAGAAUGAGUUUAAAUAAGAAAUAGCCACUUUAAUGAAGAACUUCAGUGAAUUUCAACCUCCAUAUUGUGGCGGCUCUGGGUUGUGUGUGUGGCUGCCUGCGGGCAUGUUUCUGUUCUCCUGUGUGCGAGGAUGACAGGGGUGGGGCAUCUCCCUUGGGACGGGUUAUGCAGAGAGGGUGGGCACCACUCUGGAUCUGCCAUCUGGGAGACACACAGCUGGGUUGGUGGCCUUUGGGCUAUUUGAGCUCUGUGGGUAUGGUUUUAGCUCUCCUAGUCUUGUUAAAGGCUGUAAGUGAGUGGCAAGCCGGUUCAAUAAAGGAGCUGUUGAGCAUUCAGCAAAAUGUGUCGUGGAAGAGGAUGGAAGACCCGUGAGACUCAUGCUGAAUGCUCAACAGCUCCUUUAUUGAACCGGCUUGCCACUCACUUACAGCCUUUAACAAGACUAGGAGAGCUAAAACCAUACCCACAGAGCUCAAAUAGCCCAAAGGCCACCAACCCAGCUGUGUGUCUCCCAGAUGGCAGAUCCAGAGUGGUGCCCACCCUCUCUGCAUAACCCCUCCCAAGGGAGAUGCCCCACCCCUGUCAUCCUCGCACACAGGAGAACAGAAACAUGCCCGCAGGCAGCCACACACACAACCCAGAGCCGCCACAAUAUGAUUCCAGCAGUACACUUAAACAGACUCCAUCCAUACAUAUCCAGAUAUUUAAAAAAAAAACGGAGGUGUUUGUGUGUGUUUCGGCUUCCAGUCCGAAUUUUUUAUUUUUCUUAAAUGAAGCUUUCCAAAAACACUCUCCAAACAGGAUGUUUUUGUUUUCAGUAAUAUCAUGUAGACAGGGUAAACAGCUUUAUGAAAACACUGAAAUUAAGAUAUGCAUGCUAAAUCUCAAAUACCUCACAUUCUCACUCCCUAUUUAGUGCAUAAAACUGCAAAAUAUACAGACAUUGCAUAUGGCACUACAUUUAAUGUUGUAUUACAAACAUAUAAUGCUCUGUUUCUCUAUUAGACUUUAGAUUCUGUAAUUUUUUCUUCCAUCAUACGCUGUUUAGGGAGUAAUGGAUGCAUGUAGCUCUGGGUAGUGAUCAAACCUUCUUUGUUUUCUUCUUUGGGGUUGAUGUCUCUUUUUAUAAGGUUCUAUUGGCCCAAUACAGUGUUAGCUUGCUCAUACUACGUGCAAGUUCUUUUGUCUCUGUGGAUGGAAAUUAUUUUAAAAAUGGAGGGAGGGAGAUCACAUUUUUUUUUCCUUUUUUUUUUUUUUUAUAUCCGGAUAAGAAGCAAUGAGAUUUUCUUGAUGAAAAGUAUAGGAUUCAUUGACUGAUGUAAACUGAACUUUCAGCAGCUUUAAAUUAGCCGCGGUAAUCUAACAAGUGACUUUUUUAUUUUUUAGAACUUUGUCGUAUUUUUUUUUAUGUUUCUUCUCAAAUCGUGUAACUUAAAUGUUUUGGACACGUUUAUUUGACUAUAGGCUAGAAUUGAAUAGGAAGUGUUAUUGCAUCUGUACGGUUUCUACAAAUGCUGCCUGUUCCUAGGCAGUGAGUGUUGUGGACUAAGAAUGAUGUGGACUAACUCAAUAAAUAUAUGUUUCCGUUUUUUCCUCCUUGCUGAACCUUCUGUAAAAAAUAUAAUAAAACAGAACUGAGAAUAA